AUGUCGCCGAAUCCGUUCGGCUCAUGGACAUUUUCGGAGAAUCUCAUUUCGGUCGAACUCAACGAGCCGAAUCUUCAAUACGAGGAAGAAGUUGAUGAGAAUGGAAUUGUUGACAAUGUGACGGUCGCCGUUGAUGGAAUUGAUUUGUCUGAUUAUUAUCCAUCUGUCGAAUGGGAUAUAAUGUCGCGAGUUGCUAAACGAAGAGCUAAAAAUUAUCCAAGUUGUUGUCCGCAGAACGCCUAUAUCGAUGUGACGUAUUAUUUAAUUCUUCGAAGGAAACCAUUGUUCUACACUGUUAAUCUUGUGUUCCCAUGCGUCGGAAUCUCAUUCCUCACUAUUUUGGUCUUCUACCUUCCAUCAGAUUCUGGAGAAAAGGUCACACUUUGUAUUUCGAUUCUCGUCGCUCUUACUAUCUUCUUCCUUCUUCUGACGGAAAUAAUUCCAGCGACAUCGAUCACCCUUCCAUUAAUCGGCAAAUACCUUCUUUUCACAAUGGUCAUGGUCACACUUUCCGUCGUCGUCACCGUAAUAUCAUUGAACCUUCAUUUCCGUACGCCAACAACUCAUUUGAUGCCGAAUUGGGUCAAAAAAGUCUUUCUUCAAUGGCUUCCAAAACUUUUGUUCAUGCGUCGACCGAUUGAUGAGUACGAAGACAAUUUCGAGGAGAAAAAGAAAAAGUCGAAAAAUGGCAAAAUCGCGCUCAGUGUUCACGCUCAUCGCGUUUCAAAGGAUGUCGGAUAUAAGCUGAAGCAUUCAACAAUUGAUGACUCCAUUCAAAAGCUUUAUUAUUCACCACAGGUUGUCAAAGCCUUUGAAAACAUUUGCUUCAUCGCGGAAUUAUUAAAGAAAAAGGAUCGAGAUGAUAAGAUUGACGAGGACUGGAAGUACGUUGCCAUGGUUCUCGAUCGUCUCUUUCUUCUCAUUUUCUCAAUCGCUUGCUUUGUCGGAACUGUGAUAAUCCUUUUACAGGCACCAACACUAUAUGAUGAUCGUACACCAAUUGACACCCAAUAUCGGCCAGCCAAUUUGUCAAGCUCAUUCAUUGAACAAUAA